AUGGAUGAAUGUCUGCACCCAGUGUUCUUUGAAGCUGAGGAGCUCACAGACAGUGAGAAGGAGAAGAUCAGGAGAUACUUUCAGAAAAAAAGACAUUCUGGAGGAGGUGACUGUGGGAUGAUAGAAAAGGUCAGAGAUAAAACCUACCGGAUCUGUUUUGAAGAAAAAGAAGUUCAGGAGCGGGUUUUGCUGAGAAAGUUUCAUGCCAUCUCUAUUUCUGGUGGAAAACAGUAUUUAACAGUGAGCCAAACAAGUUUACCUCCACAGACCCUCAAUCAGUCAGCGACCAUGAUCCCAAAACAUCUGGAGAGGACAUUUAACAUAGAUAUUUUCCUCCUGUAUUAUCUGAGAGAUAAACCCAAGGCAUUAAAAAUUCUCCAGAAGCAGCUCUCUUAUAUCAGCUGCACGGUGGAAUUAAAAUUUGAUGAUGAAAAUGUUGUAGUUAGAGGUGACAGUCAGAGUCAGCCAGGAGAAUGCCCUGCAGAGAAACAGGAGCAACAGCUGGAUCAGAUUUUCAGCCGUUUCAAUGAGAACUACCUCUGCUAUCAUGUAUUUGAGCCAAAAAAGAUCAAGAUGCUGCUGCAAGACUCCUCCAUUAAGAUAGAUGAUAUCAAAGUGUACAAUGAGAAUGGCUAUGCUGUGGUUGUGGGAGAGGUCCGUGCUGUGAAGGAGAAGAUUGCAGAUCUGGAAAACAUUCAAUACACCAAAAAGGAGCUGCCAAUUGUGGAGAAGCAGUACAGGCUCAUAGAAGAAGAGUUCAAUCAAGAAAUGUUCGCUAACUAUCCAGAUGUUAAAGUCGUCAGAGGUAGUGCCACAAUCACUUUGGAGGGCCCUGACACAGAUUUGCAGUCAGGAGCUGCAAAACUAGAUGAACUGAUUAAGAACAUAAAGGAAAAAAGAGUCAAGUUCCCCCCAGCUCUGCUAACCUUCAUCAAAACCAGUGGAGCCAUCUCCAAAUACCAAGCUUGUUUCCAGCAGAGCCUCAGAAACCCUGUUUUCUUUGAGGUGUGUUCAGAUCUGGUUCUGUCCAGUUUGUCCUCUGAUGCUCUGAAUGAGGCCGAGGCAGCAGUGACAAGAGAGCUCAAAGUGACCACUGUAAAACUGCAGGGAGCUGCAGCAGUACCUCCAGAUUUAGACAGAGUGAGGGAAAUCCUGAUGAAAGCGAAGAAAGAAGCAAACAUUAGUGAGCUAAGGGUGGAUGUGAGCUUCAUGCCAGGAGUUACUGGAACUGCAAUAACUAAAGUAAGACUGGUGGGCUACAGUGAGGAUGUUAACAAGCUCAAUGAGGUCCUUCAUGGUUUCCAAAAGAAUGAAGUUGAUAUUCAAGAAGUGGUAAACUUGCCACAUCCUGAACUGGUUGACUGCUUCGAUAAAUUGUUAGACCUGAUUGGCAUGAAGCAAUCUAAUGUGACCUUGAAAGCCUCACAUGUUCCACAUCCCUGUGUACUUGUGAAGGGUCCUCGUUCUCUGGUUCAGAAAGUUCAGACAGACUUAGCCACAAGUCUAGUGCAGCUGUCAACUGAUACGGUGGUGUUAAAUGGACCGGGGGCGCAAUUGUACUUCCAGGAAGAAGGCAGACAAAACAAAGAGCUGUUGGAGAAAUCCUGUCAGGUCAUCAUCAGGGAACAACAAGAAGUCUAUUCUCAAAGUACCACAAACAGACUGGAAAGCAACACUGCCAGAAGUACACCAAACACAACAGCUGUUAACAAAACAAACCUGGAGAUCAAGCUUAGCACUUUGGAAGAUGAACAGGUGAAUGUGGUGGUGGCCCCCAUGGUAUCCAAAAAGCUUACUUCCACUAAAGUUGGUAAAUGUCUACUGAAAAAAGCAGGAAAUCCAUUGCAGAAGGUCUUUAAUCUGAUAGCUCGGAAGUGGACCCUUUCUGCUGGUAAUGUUAUGGUGGUUGAUGCACCUCCAGCUCUGAGCUGCUCUAAGAUCUUCUUCAUUGAGUGUCUGCCAUGGGAUGGAGUUGAUGGCCUCAGCAUACAGACACUUGCUAUUGGGCUAAAAAGGUGUUUGGAACUCUGUGUAGAGGAAGGCUGGUGUUCCAUUGCCUUUCCGAUCAUUGGACCCGGGGUAGUUCUGAAAUAUUCCCAGAAAGAAGCCAUUCAAGUGCUGACUGACAGCAUUGACCAGUUUGGAUUAUCUGGGUCAUGUGAAUCUCUUCACAACAUCUAUAUUGUCAUUAAACCAGACUAUCAAGACUCUGAGGAGUGCUACCAUGAGGUCUACAGACAGCUGAGCUUGAAGAUCAAGCAGAGCGGUCAAGACCUAAGUGUCCUCUGUACUACUCAUCAGCGGUCCAUCUUCCUGUUCCUGGGCCUUGGUAAAAAGAGUGUCCAUGAUGCAAUGAAGAAGGUAAAAGAUUUGUACCAGGCACACUGCUCCACAAAAAAAAUGACAAAGGAGGAGUUGGCAGACUUCACCCAGGAUGAAAUAAAGGAUCUGCAGAAGCUAGUGGAGGCCCAGGGUUUGCAUGUACAGCAGGACCAGAGUGGAGAUGGAGGCUUGGUAGUCAGCGGGUUAAAAGAUGGGGUCACCGAGCUGAUACAGAUGCUUCACGCUGCUGCUCGUCUACGGAGAGAAGUCAGAGUUAGGGAGGAGGAUAAUUUGUACCAUUGUGUGGCGUGGUGCAUCCUGGGAUAUGAUGGUAGCUGGGAAAGGCUCCCCAAAACAGAUAAUUAUAACCUAGAACAUGAUAUCAAGAAAGAGAUAGUGGACACACACGGAAACAUGUGGAGCGCGGAUCUGCAGAAGAUGGAAGCCAGAAGUUGGUUAGCUAGAAAAACCAAGCUAAAACGACUGGAGAAUCACUCAGACUUUACUUUCCCUCUGUACUGGGACCCCAUGGCUGCCAAUGAGACUAUGAAGGUGGUUUCUCUGGAGACUUCUUCUGCAGAGUAUCAGAGUGUGAAGGAGGCUUUCAAACGAACUGUCCCCAAAACUGUGAUGAAGAUUGAACGUUUGCAGAACGUUCACCUGCGGCGCGCCUAUGAAGCCCAGAAGAAGCACAUUUCUGAUAAGAACGCACACGAGGGAGGAGCAGCGGAGAAACCUCUGUACCACGGGACAACUCAGGAAAACUGCCACUCCAUCAUGACAACUGGAUUCAACAGGAGUUUUGCUGGGCAAAACGCAACUGUACACGGUCACGGGACCUACUUUGCUGUAAACGCCAGCUACUCAGCCCAGCCCACCUACUCCAAGCCAGCUGCUGAUGGUUCUCGGUUAAUGUUCGUCGCCCGAGUCCUCACAGGCGUCUUCACUCAGGGCCAAGCUACCAUGAAGGUGCUUCCACUCCGAAACAGCCAGCAGCCUCACAACCGCUUCGAUAGCGCAGUGGACAAAAUUGAUAACCCUACCAUGUAUAUUGUGUUCCAUGACAACCAAGCAUACCCCGACUACCUCAUCACAUUCAAAGGAGAUUAAGGGAAAAGUAUUUUCUAC